AACUGCAUUGAAUUCUGUAUCUUGGUGAGUCAUUCCUGUUGCAGAGGUCUGCCUGGACAGCAUGCAAAGCGGCAGUGGUCACGUAGGCGAUGAAGAGCUGGCCUUCACGGACACCCAGCCUCCCUACAUAAACCCACCUGUUCCCUUCACUGGGAAGAUCGAAGGGGGUCUCCAGGAUGGACACAAGAUCACCGUCAUGGGGCGUGUUCUUUCCACAGGCGAAAACAGGUUUGCAGUGAACUUUCAGAUGGACUACAACGACCAUGAAAUUGCCUUCCACUUCAACCCUCGGCUUGAAGGAAGCGGGUAUGUGGUCUGCAACACGAAGCAGCUAGGAAACUGGGGACCGGAGGAGAAGAAGAUGCAGAUGCCCUUCCAGAAGGGGAGUUCGUUUGAGAUCUGCUUCGAGGUAGACAGCUCCGCGUUCAAGGUGAUGGUGGACAAGAAUAUCUUCCUGGAUUAUGCACACCGUGUGCCCUUCUACCAAGUCAACGCCAUCUCCAUCAAGGGCGGUGUGCAUCUGUCCUACAUCAGCUUCCAGAAAUAGAAAUCCCUACCGUGUGGAAGACGUUCAGUCUAUGGUACUCACAUGGUCAUAGAACCCAGAAGCUUGAGGAUAUUGGCUCCCGAUUACCUCACCACCAACCAAUCAGAAGACAUCCAUGCGCUGAUCGCACACCCCUCACCCUCUCGCUCACCCUGUGUUUAAGACCAUUUCCCUGAACGUCAUCGUGGAGUUUGGGUUUUUUAAGCUUGCCUGGACUCCUGCUUGGUUCCUGCAAUAAAUACUUCACUUUCCUUCUCAUAA